AUUUAUUGGAUUGUUGUAUUUGGUGGAAUAAAAAAGCCUUUGAAAUUACAGAAAGAAAUGAAUUUGAUUUUUAAUUUGAAUCAAGAAAGAGCUUAGAAAGAGUUCAAUUCACUAAAUUUAAUCAAAGGAAAUAUUUAGAUUGUGUAAGCCAGUAUUACUUAAGGUUAUGGAAAAAUAAUGAAUAAAUAAGAAACACAAUUAUCUAAAUUUUUUGGCUUUAACUUUGAAGAGUUUAAAUCAAUUAAUCAUAUAAAGGAGCUAAUGCCAUCAUAUGUAGCAAAAAUUCAUGAUGAGAUUGUUAAAGAUUUUAUUAAGAGAGGACAUAGCAUACUUCUUGAAGAGAGUCAUUAAGUAUUUUGUCUGGAUAAAUAAGGUUUUUUUGUUCCUAUCACUUUGUAGUUAUCGCUUGUUUAUGGAAUAACUGACGAUUUAUAAAUGAAUGCUGUCCUUUUAAAAUUAAAAUCAGAUGUAUCUUAUAUUAUAUUAUAAUCAG